CUUCCCAAAGAGAAGUCGGAAGUGGCUUCCAUAUUCCACACAGUCAGGCGUUUUCCUAUUCUGCGACAUAAUGAUUAUAUCCAUAACGCCAAAAUGAGCAAGAUAUUAAUGGACCAUGGUUCCCUUCCUCUUUCCUCUCUCCGUCUUAUCGUGCCCCCUCUGCAGCUUGUGUCUGCAGCUCUGUGGGAGAUAGUGAAGCAGGGAGCUGUGAUGUACUAUGGUCUGCUGGAGGAGUUCGUUACCUCCGUGCUGGAAACAGUCCCUGAACUGCUCACAUAUACAGAGAGAGUCCAACUAGCUAUGGGCCUACGUGCAAAGGUGGUGCUGGAGUUGUGCAGCAACAGUGAUUUUGCCAGCCCAAAGGCCAUCCAGCCUCAUCUGAGCAGAAUAAACACCUACAUUACAAACCAGGAUAAAGAGACUUCCAGCUCUGAGGUACAAGCAUCAGUGACAAACUUCCUGAAGCUUGUUCAAACUCUAGUGGAUGAUCAACAUCACAGAGAUGCAUUUUAUCAGAAAAUCUUUCCAACAGUGUUCGGCCCUAGAUAUGACUCAGCCCUACUGGCUCUAAUGAGAAAGUUCCUCUUCAAUCUGCAGAAGUUUUUACCUGUUCCAAACCUUGAACAAGCUUCCCUUUGGCUCAGUCUCUCUCCUUCUAUCUUGAAAGAGUGUGUAGACUUCCUGAAUCAACCUGAGCCCCUGAAUACACUCAUUCAGCAUCACAAACAUCAUGGCCACAAAGUUCCACAAGCUUUAUCUUCCUCCGGUGAUGAUUGCAUUCUUUCCAGCCUGUCCUAUCACCUACCACAUGUGGACAGUGACAAACGAGACACACUUGGCAGUGAGUCAAAAAAGAAGAAAGAAGAAAACUCCAAGGUGAAAAAUUCAGAAUUGUUGCAGAAUAGCGAUAGCAAUGGACAGAAGUAUGUUAUUGAUCUGACUGAAGACCAAGGAGCUUCUGUUGAAGUAAUACUUCAACCUUUUGAUGAAAGUGAGUCUAAUGAUGAUGACGACAUGGACAAAGAAUGGUCCCACCAUUUGAAAACUGGCAGUACGACCUCCUCAAAAACCUUCAAGUGUCUUGUCUAUGGCAAAGAUUUUGGUUCCCCAAGGAAACUAAAGGAACACAAGAUUAGCCACAGGGGUUGCUGUACAAACCCAACAAGGAAGUCAAAUUCUGUGGGCCACAGUAGCUUUUUUGAAAAAAUAAAUUUACAUCCUAAACCAAAGACUUUUGAGAAUAAUCCUUCUAGAAGUGAGAGUAGGCUUUCAUCAUGUGCAAGUGCCACAACACAUAACCCAUCAAAUCUACACAGUCUUCAGAAUUUUGAGCGGUCUAAUGAUGCCUCUAGUCUUGUUUGCCAUGUUUGUGGCAAGGCUUUCACUUACCCAAAGAAUUUUGACAAACACCAGAGGACUUGUCUGGUUAGUAGUAAACGACAAGCCGAGACAGACCCACAGUGUUCCACAAGCUUAGCUCAUCACUCCAAACCAAACCCUGUUGAUAAGACCAAAGACUCUUUCUCCACUGAAACUGGGCUUUCAAAUGGUCUACCUCAGGAAUCAAUAUCUUCGGACUCCCCACAAGAGCAGAUGUGUAAAAGAAGCAGUCGUGUCAAACAGUGCUCCGCAUGCGGGAAGGUAUUUACUUGUUCUGUUGACUUGAUGAAGCACAUGAGAUGCCACACUGAACACAGUCCUUACCUUUGUUCCUGUUGUGGGAAACACUUUGACAACUACGAAGACUGCGAGACGCACCAGGAAGGUAAAUGCAGCGUUUCACACCAGCAUUCGCAAGACAAUUCAUCGAGCAACGCAAGUAAAAGGAAUCGGGAGAAUGCCGUUGUUUCAAGCGGUAUAACUCCGAUCCCGACAACCCGAGACGCAUCUGCCAACUCGCAGGCUAAGUCACCUCUGACGUGUCAAGAAUGUGGCCAGGCUUUUACUUACUGCAAGAGUUUUGAGAAGCACCAGAGCAGAUGUUCCAAAAGAGCUCCUCGAAGGAAAGAGCCAACAAAUGCAAACCAUUGCGUUAUCAAUGCUUGUAAUUUCGGAUCGGCCAACAAUUCCGAUGGGAGACGCGCUGAGGCAAGUCCUGAAACGAAGGAAAGUGAAACUGCAAAAACUCUGACCUCGGCAGAACACGCAGAUGACUCCCGGACUGAGUCUCGCGCCAUCAAGUGCACCAUGUGUGAGAAGAACUUCUCAGAAAUUGUCCUCAUGAAAAGACAUUAUUCCAAAUCCCAUAAAGUUAGAGGCUCAUACCCCUGUCCUCUGUGUAAGAGAACUUUUGUGAGGUUGUGCGAGUUGGUUCGACAUCAGCAAAACAAAAGAUUGUACCAGUGCGGCGCCUGCAAGAAAUGUUACACAAAGCCAGGACUACUAAAUAAUCAUGAAAAAGUCCAUAGCGCGAGUGUGGCACCACGCAUCUGUGAAACGUGCGGGAAAGGCUUCAAAUCUCUCGCUCAUCUGAUUCUGCACCAGAGCAAGCAUAGAGAACGGCAACCUAGUGUUUGUUCCUACUGUGGGAAACAGUUCAGUACGAAAGACUGCCUGAGAGCGCAUAUGGUGAGGCACACAGGUGGUUACCCGUGCCCUGUCUGUGGGAAGAAAUUCUACCAAAAAACGUACCUUAAAUGGCAUCUGUAUAAACACACGGGGCAAGAGCCGUACCUUUGUGACACGUGUGGGAAAGGCUGGCCGAGCGCAGCUCAGCUCAAGCUUCACAUGAUCGAACAUACGGAGGAAAGGCCGUUCAAGUGCGAGGACUGCGGCGCGUGUUACAAGAGGGGAUCCCAUUUGAUGGCUCACCGCAGAGCCAAACAUAUCAGGCUGCGGCCAUUCGCGUGCGAGGUUUGCAGCAAAGCCUUUAGAUUAAAUGGUGAGCUGAAAAAACACAUGAUGGUUCACACAGGGGAACGGCCAUUCACGUGUCCAAGGUGUGACAAAAGAUUCACGAGAAAUUCUCGCCUUAGGGAACACAGAGAAAAAGCAUGUCUGUAACUUCAUGCUGUUACUUACUACACACCUGUCCUGUAAUAAAACCGUUUAUUAUUCACAUGCCGUACUACACUCUACACUACAUACAGUACGUACAUGUUCUAUCAUCAACUAUGUCUCAGUGCUGUAUAUCUAUGAUGGCUUUAAUAACAAAGCUACAGAUGUGUGA